AUGUCCGAAUUGAUUGAUUUGAAGCAGGAUAUUGACUCUUUAAAUAGGGAGAUCUUAUCCAUAGAAAAACAUUUGAAAUCCAUAAAAGAUGAAUUAGAGAAGGAGAGGAAAGGCUUUGUGCUAUCACAAGCUACUACUGACGCGAUUAUAGAGGACGGGAUUGAGCUUAAUUCAAAAUAUGGCUAUUGGUGGGCUGAUCAUCCUGAAAUGAAGAGUUACUUAUUUAAUCACAGUAAUGGUUGGGAUAUAACCAAGAAUAACUCUGACAGUACUACUAGGAUUAAAACGCUUCGAAAUGAUAUACUACGACAUGACAGGGAGUUAAAGAUGGAGCCUGAUUUUGAACAACGAAUGUUUGAUCCAUCGAUAGCGUCGUUUUUUGACGUUGAUAUCUUGCGAUCCCUAAGCAAGCGUAACAAACUAAUCCCACCUACUGCAGCUGAGCAGUCCACUGCAGCGUUAGUCGAUUUUGUUGAGUUGGAGAAUUGCUAUCGAAUGUCAGGAAUUACCUUUUUCCCUUUGGUUUCUCCAGGCAAACUACAUGCGCUGAAAGAUACUACGAAAACUGAAGAGAUGGCGGACGAGCUUUUAGGCAUUAGAAUGGAAGUAUUUAACGAAUUGCAGCGCUGUUACGAGCCUCCUUACUACAUCUUGUUGAUGAGAAAUCCUAAAGCGAAUGACAACUGGUUAUUAUUUAAGCAUACUAUUCCGAGGGUUAUUGACACUGAACAUAUAUGGUCCUCUACUCAUCAUGGGAUCAUUUCUACUGAUAUGCAGAUCCACAAUUUUGCCAGGAGGUGUUACGUUGGGCUUCUAGACCUACAUUAUAGGGUGAAUUUUGUUUCGAAUUUAGAUCCGGAGUUAUUUAGAGACAUUACAAUAGACUCCUAUGCUGUUUCGCUCUCAUUUAAGGUAACCAACAACACUGAGGCGCUAUCAGUCACAAUCCAAAUGCAAGAAAAAUCUAUAAUUAACUGUAAUAUAGAUUCUAAAAUACACGACGAGUGGUCAAACGUCCUGUUAGGAGAUAUAGAUGAUUUGCCGGACAAGGUACGCACCCUUCAGGCAUCAAUAUAG